UUACACUGGUGGCAGGAAUGGCGGCUAAGAUUACUAGAGGAAGGAGCCCAAAGAAUCCAUGAAACUUUACUUCUAACGGCCCCGCUGAGGAAUUUGUUUCCAGCGAAACGCAGAAACACCAUCCCAUGACGGACUAAAGGGAGAAAGAAGCGCUAUAACGUGAGAUACACGCGGUUAGUUGUCCAGCUUUGAGAAGGUGGACGCACUUUGCUAGUUAGCUUAACGUUAACUGCCACUGACUUUGAUUCAAGGUAGCGGUUAGCUCGCAGUGCUUCUAGCCAGCUGUUGGCUACUUUUCUUUGCUGGCCCAACAAGUUAACUAAGUCAAUAACUGUAUGGAAACAUUCCUAAUUUUAGUAUUUGAGUGGUGAGUAGCUGUCAUUGUGAACAGAUAGUAUUGGGGACUUUUACAGAGAGUGGGCUCAGACGACAACAGCGCGUUGAGAACAUUAUUCCUGCUAACCUAGCUAGUGCUGUAAGGCUAGCUAAGUUUGAAGUCUCGCCCAUUUUUUUUUGGUCCUGCCCCAGCCAUUGGCUAAGGGCUAAUCAACAGCCAAGUAGCCCGGUUUUCAGGGUCGAUUGGUACUACGAUGGAAAGCUUAACGCUGACUGAUUACGAGCAGAAAUAUUACUCGGAUUUGUUCGUUUACUGCGACACGGACAAUACCAAAAAAGUGGCUUCCAAUGGGAGAGUUCUUGACCUUUUCCGGGCGGCCCAGCUACCCAGCGAAGUUGUCCUGCAGAUCACAGAGCUUUGUGGAGCCACUCGGCUGGGUCACUUCGGGCGGAGCCAGUUCUACAUCGCUCUGAAGCUCAUCGCCAUCGCCCAGUCCGGUCUGCCCCUGAGGGUCGAGAGCCUCAACUCGGUCAAAGACCUGCCGCUGCCCCGGUUCGUGGUGGGGAAGAACGAGGCGGAGGCGAGGCACGCAGCGCUGUACACAGACACGGACGGUCUGUACCCGGCCUCCGCUGCUGCCGUGAUGCCCAGACCGCCUGGCUGGGUUAUCCAAAACAAGAAAGGUCCCCCAGCAUCCACUUCACUUCCUGUCCAUGAGGUCGUCCAGCCCCUGGCGCCAAGCAUAGAACCACAGCCUGAGCCAACGUCCCCGGUGGUUUCCCCUCACCAGUCUCCCCCCACCUCCCCUCAAUCGUGGAGGAAACACAAGCGUCAGGCCAGCGGAGGGAACGCAGACAGACAGCCGGUCGUUGCUCCAGCUGGAGCCGUGUGGACGCACUUCAGAGAAGCACAAGCAGCCGGUGCGGUGCCCGCUGAAGGGAUGUGGCCGUCUCACUCGCCCCCCCCUCCGGGUCAGGAGAGUUGGGUCAGUUUCACAGCGGACACGCCGCCAUCCAGCGCCAUCCCAGGAAUGCAUCCCUCAUCAGCCCAGGAAAGCACAACGAUACGAACGGUGGCCUCAGGAGCAACAGCCAAUGAGAUGCAGCGACAGACGAGCGGCUACGAUGAUCCGUGGAAGAUCACGGACGAGCAGAGACAGUAUUAUAUAAACCAGUUUAAAACCAUCCAGCCAGAUCUAAACGGCUUUAUACCUGGUUCGUCUGCAAAAGAGUUCUUUACCAAAUCAAAACUACCGAUUUUAGAGUUGUCACAUAUUUGGGAGCUGUCAGACUUCGAUAAAGACGGGGCGCUGACCCUGGAUGAAUUCUGCGCCGCCUUUCACCUGGUCGUGGCCAGGAAAAAUGGAUAUGACCUCCCUGAGAUGCUGCCUGAGAGCCUGAUGCCAAAGCUGAUUGACCUGGAUGACUCAGCAGAGGUCCCGGACCAGGCCGCGGACGUCGGGUACUCGGGCUCCCCGGGCUCCCCGGUGGAGGUCACCCCCAACAAGUCUCCCUCCAUGCCUUCACUCAACCAGGCCUGGCCCGAGAUGAACCAGAACAGCGAGCAGUGGGAGACGUUUAGCGAGCGCUCCUCCAGCUCACAAACUCUGACCCAAUUUGACUCUAACAUUGCACCAGCUGACCCUGACACGGCCAUCGUCCACCCGGUCCCCAUCCGGAUGACACCCAGUAAGAUCCACAUGCAGGAGAUGGAGCUGAAGAGGACCGGCAGCGACCACAACCACCCGACCAGUCCGCUGCUGUCUCAACCUCCAGAGCUGUCCGAGGAAGCCAAUCUAUCGACAUCCAUGUUUGUAGCCGCCAACGCUGUCGGUGAUGGCUACAGCAGUUCAGACUCCUACACCUCAGACCAGGAGCCAAUCACAAGACAAAGGUCUCUGUCGGGGACGUCUCCAGAAACUCUGAAGGUGGUAGCCCCCCCUCCGCCGCCCCCCCGCCCGCACCCCUCUCACUCUCGCUCCUCGUCUCUCGACAUGAACCGCACCUUCGCCGCUGUAACCGCUGCAGGACAACCGCCAUCUUUAGCCAUAACUUACCCACCCGCUGUGCCUCCGAGACCCCUCCCCACACAGUCGUCAGCACCACACACCGGGCAUCGUUCGGAGGCUGAGGUUGUUCCAGGCGGUCCUGCGGCGCUCACCACCUCCACAUCCCCCCAUCAGAUUCCCCAUCAGCCCAAUUUCGCCGACUUCAGUCAGUUUCAGGCCUUCGCUGCGACUGACCAGCCUUCCAGCCUGCCGGAGGACGAUGUCCACAGUGAGCCAGGACAGGUGGAGAAGCCUUCAGAGGGCGCCGGCCCUUUAAGAACCGUGAAGAGUGACGGCCAAGUAGAUGAGAGAGUCCCAGCCACUGUCAGCUCCGCCAAAUGUUCUGGGUCUGGUCCGUUAGGCCCGCCUCCCAAACCUGUGCGCCGGAGGUUGAAAUCUGAAGACGAGCUGCGACCGGAGGACGAGGCACCCGGUCCGCAGAAAUCAAAUGUCAUCGCUGCCGUCCUGGCCACUCAGCCCUCCAUCCCCAGGUCAGUUGGAAAAGACAAAAAGGCGAUUCAAGCUUCUAUCAGAAGAAACAAGGAGACGAACACAGUGUUGGCACGACUUAACAGUGAACUGCAGCAACAGCUGAAGGACCUGCUUGAAGAGAGGAUAUCCCUGGAAGUGCAGCUGGAGCAGCUCAGACCGUUCUCUCAUCUUUAACCAACGUGAGGAGGAAAACUCUGCUGUAGUUCAUCUGAAGCGAGGCUGUGACCCUCGGUGUGAAUCCCCCCCCCUCUCCACCUCCUCUUCCUCCUCCCACCAUCUCAGCUUGGAGGCUCCGGCCGGCUGCAGGGUGCUCCGUUAAAACUCCUACGCUCCAUCACACACAUUAAUCAUAAACCAGAAGCAACUGAGAGCACAGAUCCACCAACAGGAGGAGGCGGAGGAGGAGGAGGAGGAGGAGGUGACAGGAGCGUCGUGGGGGGGGGUGGGAUUUACACAAACUGGCACUUUUCAAUUUUUCUCAAAAGAAAGUGAGGACGACUGAGAAACGGUUAGGAGUGGCGGACAAAACUGCGAAUGCCGUCUGAAGACAAAACUGCUGGUGUCUGAUCACUUUGUGAAUGACUGAAGAAGAAAGGUGUGUGUGUGUCUGUGUAGCUGUGUUCCUGUUUAGUGAUUACUUGAAGCUAGCACCAAUGUGUUUAUUCUGUCUUGGGGUACGGACUCUACCACACCAAACUCCUUUUAAAAUCAGGCACAUUUUAAAGAGCAGUGUAGUAUUUUUGAGUAGUCAAAGUAAUACUUCUUCACUAUUUCUUUUGUUAGAGAAGAUCCAUAUCAUUUAAAUGGAGUCUGUGAUUAGCUUAGCAAAGGCUAGCUUUGAGGCUUCCAGAACAUCUACACCAGGAGUUUGGUGUCGUCUGUCUCCAUUAAAACAUACUGUGCUUCUUCUGAA